CAAAGAGGAUUCCGGAACCCCAUCGCACAGCUUUGCCGAAUUUGACAUCUGCGGGUUUGAUUGGUGAAAAGAAAAUUCGUGUGAGAUCGAAAUAAUGGCUGCAGCGACGAAAUUUGGAAUUAUUGCUCGCAGCCUCAGCACUUCAGCGCCUGUGGCACAGCUCGUGAAGACCCCAGUGCAGGUGUUUGGCGUUGAGGGCAGGUAUGCCACUGCCUUGUACUCUGCAGCUACCAAGCUGAAGCAGCUGGAUGCCGUGGAGAGGGAUCUCAAUCAAAUCCAGGCGGCUGUCCGUGGGAAUCCACGAGUGAAGGAAAGUAUUGCCAGUCCCAUUGCACAGAGGCGAGAUUUGGCUGCUGCCCUCAAGCAGACAGCUUCACAGGCAAAAUUGGCCGAUGCUACGUCCAACUUGCUGGAGCUGAUGGCCGAGAAUGGGCGUCUAAAGCGUCUCGAUGGUGUUAUUAACGCCUUCAAGACCAUCAUGGCAGCCCAUCGUGGUGAGGUUGUCUGCGAAGUAAUCACGGCCAAGCCACUCGAGGAUGCGCAACGGAAGCAAUUGGAGUCCUCCCUCAAGGCCUUCCUGAAGCCCAACGAGACCAUCUUGCUGACAUCCAAGGUUGAUCCUACCAUCAUGGGUGGCAUGAUUGUUUCCAUUGGGGACAAGUACGUGGACAUGAGCAUCUCCAAGAGGGUCAAGAAGUACACGGACCUCAUCACCCAGCCGUGCUAGAUAUUUUCUUCUUCUGUCAACACUCUUGCACUUACGUAGUUCCCGGAAGGUACAACCAACAACCAUCUCCCUGUAGGGUGGGAUGUGUGUGUGGAUGCCAGAAAAACAGUGUGAAGUGUACAUGAAAAUUUAUUGGUAAUAAAUGUAAUAAUAUUGAAAACGGAAAACUCAAUAUUCCACCAAA